GAACACUUUCGAAACGCUGCAGCUCCGACUGCUUAAUAAUACUCUUGUUCUUCCUUCGAGCCUUUUAGCACAGUCUCAAAGCAGUCGACAAAGUAUUGACGAUCUCGAGAAAAAGACUUACGCGGUUCCCAGCUCCUGCAGGGACGAAUGAAAAAAACGAUAAAGGCGCUAAAGGAGGAUGGAACGGUAUGAAGAAACUUGGGAUAAAGAAGUUGGGGAUGAAGCGAACUUCGAGGGGUUGUUUGUACCGCGGAUUUUUCCCUUAAGUCGCCUUUGUUCUUCUCAACUGUUUGAACAUUGUUCUCGGCUACCUCAGCCAUGUUGGCAACUGGCUCAUUAUCUGUGGUACAUGCCAUUGAGAAAUGUUAUUCUCAAUAAUUACAUAAUUACGUCAUUGAUUAUUAUCGAUUAACGUAAAUAUUUUUCCUUCAAAUUAGCAUAUUUUUGGAAAUUCAUUUCUAAUCAUUCACGAUGAUAAUGAUAAUGAGAAACGAAGUAUGUGAAAUUCGUUGGCUAAGAUAAUAUGAGCGGCUCGAAGAAUGAAAUAAAAAUAGAAAACGAUAUUUCGUCAUAAAAUUUUGUCGCGUGUGUUCAACAUUUUUUCUUAUGUUGAGCCACCAAAAAUUGGAAGCCACCAAAAAAAGUUUUGUUUACUGGAACGAAAUUUUGUUGGUGGAAAAAUCAAACAUUUCGUUGUGGAGACGAAACGCUUUGUCGAAUGCACGCAACAAAAGUUUUGUUGUUUUUUUUUUCUAUUUUUACAGAAUGUGUGUUCGAGCGAAGAAAGGCAGUCGAGUAUCCGGUGGAGGUUGCAUCAACGAUUGUGAGGGAAUUAAAAAAAUUCUCAGGAGACCAAUGAGAUUCAGUUACGCCGGAGAUUCGGAAACUUCUGCCACUCAUCACGACGGAGGGACGAAACACCGGGAAGAGGGCAGUGGAACGAAACACGAGGCUGAUCACCACGAAACCUCGGGAGAAAAAGGCGACAAGGGUUACGAGGCUCAUAAAGAAUUCGACAAGGGAGAAAAGGGCCGUCACGACGUUGAAGGACACGAGCAUGAUUACGAGGAAUCCGAGGGGCACGAGAAAAAAAAACACGAGGAAGAGGGCCAUUACAGCGAACACCACGAAGGGGAAAAGGGCGAAAAGGAUUCGAGCUUCGAGGAGGAAGGGAAACACCAAAAGGGCCACAGCACCAAAGGCGAACACAAUAUUUUCAAGAAAGACGAGUACGAAAAGAAACACAAUUUUUAUGACGAGUUUCACGAGGGCGAAGACGAGGAAGAGGAAGGCGGUUAUCACAAGGAUCACGAGUCCCAUGAAGGCGGUCAUUUGAAAAAGGCUCAUCACGACUCCGAUCGUCAUGAGGGUCAUCAUGGAAAGAAGAAAAAGUACGAAGAGGGUCAUCACGACGCCGACAAAAAAGGUCACAAGGUGUCCGAGGGCCACAGUCAUCAUCACAACCACCACGAGCAUCAUGGGAAAAAGGGAGGGGCCCACGGUGGCAAGAAAUGGUCAUUCAAAAAAGGCAAACGUUAAGCAUUCGCGAGGUGAAAACUUGAUUAGGAUUGUUUUAAGAAAAGACUUUUUGGAGAAUUAUUUCAAAAGAUUGAAAGAUCCGAAGAGUUUGGAGGAUCAUUUUUCGAACUUCAUGAUUGGGGUCGUGACGAUUUUAUUAUUUCGUAAGUCGUCGAGAUGUAACGUUCAAUUUUAUUUACGUCUCACACCGUUCCAAGACCGCGCGUUUCCAAUGAAUAGCCUCCCACUAAAGGACGACUGCUGUGACGAAAUCAUUUGUUUUACUGUAUUUAUUGCGAACGUCGAGCAUCGUCAAUAACGUGACCGACCGUAGCGGUUUCAUCGCUCGAUGAACAAUAGGAAAUGCGGUUAUCGUGGUCACUCGAGAGAUCGACAGGUGAUAAUGUACUUUUUAGUUACAAGUCCGAGGCGAAGCUUUUAAGAAUAAACUGCUCGUACAGUCCCCGGCAAAAUGACGUCCGAGGAAGAAUAGUAAAUUUUACAUUUUAAAAACGACAAGAUAAACCGUUCAUCCAUGUAUUUCAUUUUUGAUGUUUCUGCUUUCAAGUUAUUCAAGGAAUAUCAAUAGUUUCAUAUCGAACGAGUGUUGUCUGCUGCCCAAAGUGUAUUUUCCUCUUUUAGUUGGAACCUUUACUCAGAUGUUUCGAAAAUCCAAGCUCCACUUCCGAGUAAUCCAAAAAACUGAUUUCUCCUAAAUUUUUAAUCGAAUUUUGGAUCCUCGCUAAAUUCGCAGGCUCGAUAGAUUGCUGAUACGAUUGUACAAGCAAUGCAUUUUCAAAUAAAACGAGAAUUUAGCCAGCGAAUAAUUCGAGUAUGAAAGACCCGGACUCGUAUUGCCAAUUUUCGAACGUGUACACAGCUGUCUCCGUUUACACACUGAAUGAAUAGGCGACGAUGAAUUCCAUGGAUUCCGUAAAAAGUGAAAACCUAGCGUUAAAUUGGUCACAGUUCGGCCAGCACUUUUCCAUCGCUGUGAUCAUUAUUAUUGAUCGAAUUCUCGUAAUGCAAUACGAGCGAAGUUUCUUUUUACUCCCUUCCCCGUAUUCGAGCCUCUGCUGUAUUGCAUGGCCAUGCAAAGAGGCGAAAAGUUUCAAAUAAAUUCAUGCAAAAAGUACUGCUCGAUUAUAAAUCACUUGGGAAAUAUACUUCUUACAAAAUAUGCCCAAAUAAUUGUAAUAUUUUCUCAUUAUUUUGUGUACUUAAUGAUAAAUAAAAGUUCGGUGUGAGGCAAGGGACGUAACGAAUGGGAAACUCGAGACGCUGAUAUCCGAGUUUUACAGCCGCAGUUGAAAUGCUACCGGCGCUUAAUUUACGCUCAAGUUUUUCGCGAAAAAAUGUUAAUCUAUUUAAGAAAUUUCAUUUCCGUUAGCGCUUUACAUACGUCCAGCAGUGCCUAAAACGCGCUAAAAGAAAAACUGUUUUUAGAAGAGAUAGCAUAAGAAAUUAAUAAAAAUCAUUUUUGCACAUUGUUUAUUAGUAUUUAAACUUUGUAAAAAAAUUUAUUUCAUUUUUUUUUCAAAAAUUACACCACAAAAAAUCGCCUUUCCCGAAGCACUGUGAAAACAAAGUUGCUCCACGGUCUGCAUAAUUUCUUCUUGAAAUGUUGAUGG